GCUGAGCGGGAGAAGGCAGGCGGGAGCUGAUUCGCCGCCGUGUGUCACGUGGUGCUGCGGGUUGUGACGCCCGCCGUGGUGAGGGGCUCGGCUUGUCAGAUGACAGAUGGCAGGAGAAGGGCAAUCUGAUGAACUGGUGUUUGACAUGAAAUGCUUCUGGAAAGUGAAAGUACAAUUCUGAAAGUGAAAAUCAGGAGAAGUGGCAGCUGAUGUAAAGAGAAGUACGCUAAGGAUUGUUACUUGGGGAUAUUUUUUAAGAUGUGGUGAAGAGCCUCUGUUUUCACCUGUACAGCUUAUAGUGCCUUAAAAAUGGGGUUUGGAAGUGACUUGAAGUAUUCUCAUGAUGCUUUAUUAAAACUGCAAGACUGGGAACUACGACUGCUGGAAACGGUCAAGAAAUUUAUGGUCAUGCGUGUGAAAAGCGACAAAGAGUAUGCAUCCACUUUGCAGAAUCUUUGUAAUCAGGUAGAUAAAGAAAGCACUUGUCAACUGGAUUAUAUCAGCAAUGUAUCCAAGUCUUGGUUGCUUGUAGUACAACAAACAGAACAGCUGAGCAAAAUAAUGAAGACACACGCAGAAGAUCUAAAUUCUGGCCCUUUACAUAGGCUUACCAUGAUGAUCAAGGACAAGCAGCAAGUCAAGAAGAGUUACAUAGGUGUUCAUCAACAAAUUGAAGCAGAGAUGUACAAGGUCACAAAGACGGAACUCGAGAAACUAAAAUCUAGCUAUAGGCAACUAAUAAAAGAAGUAAAUUCUGCCAAAGAAAAGUAUAAAGAAGCCGUGGCUAAAGGAAAGGAGACUGAGAAGGCCAAAGAUCGAUGUGAUAAAGCCACUAUGAAGCUUCAUAUGUUGCAUAAUCAGUAUGUAUUGGCACUGAAAGGAGCACAGUUAUAUCAGCACCAAUAUUAUGACACUACGCUUCCUCUGUUACUUGAUUCGCUACAGAAAAUGCAAGAAGAAAUGAUUAAAGCCCUAAAAGGAAUCUUGGAUGAGUAUAGCCAGAUCACAAGUCUUGUUACAGAAGAGAUUGUGAAUGUCCACAAAGAGAUCCAGACUUCAGUUGAACAGAUAGACCCUAAUUCUGAGUAUAAUGACUUCAUAGAUACUCACAGAUCUUCAGAAGUUGUUGAGCAAGAAAUAGAAUUUGAUACAUCCUUAUUAGAAGAAAAUGAAAACCUUCAAGCUAAUGAGAUCAUGUGGAAUAACUUAACAGCAGAAAGUUUACAAGUCAUGUUAAAAACAGUAAUAGAAGAACUCAUUCAAACACAGCAAACGCUUUUGAGCAAAGAGGAACUUGUGUUGGAACUAGAGAAAAAAAUAGAAGAUUCUUCUAAGACUUGUGAAAAGAAGUCAGAUAUUGUUCUUUUGCUGAGCCAAAAGCAAGCACUGGAAGAACUUAAGCAAACAGUACAGCAAUUAAGAUGCUCUGAGGCAAAAUUUGCAGCCCAAAAAGAACUAUUGGAACAAAAAGUGCAAGAGAAUGACGGGAAAGAACCACCACCUGUAGUGAAUUAUGAAGAAGAUGCCAGAUCAGUCACUUCUAUGGACAAGAAGGACAAAGUCUCAAGAUUUGACACUAUACGUCACUCCAUAGCUGGAAUUAUAAGGUCUCCAAAAUCCAUGUUGGGCUCAUCAUCAUUCUUUGAUGUAAUAUCAACCACUGAGAAACCAUUGGCAGAACAAGACUGGUAUCAUGGUGCGAUUCCAAGAAUAGAAGCCCAGGAGCUGUUAAAACAGCAAGGAGACUUCUUGGUGCGAGAGAGCCACGGGAAACCUGGUGAAUAUGUCCUUUCUGUGUUUUCAGAUGGACAACGGAGACACUUUAUCAUACAAUAUGCUGAUAACCAGUAUCGUUUUGAAGGAACUGGAUUUCCAACUAUUCCUCAGCUCAUAGAACAUCAUUAUACAACAAAGCAAGUUAUUACAAAGAAAUCAGGUGUUGUUCUGCUGAAUCCUGUUGUGAAGGAUAAGAAAUGGGUUCUCAAUCAUGAGGAUGUCACACUGGGAGAAUUGCUGGGCAAAGGUAAUUUUGGUGAAGUAUAUAAGGGAACAUUAAAGGAUAAGACACCUGUUGCUGUAAAAACUUGUAAAGAAGAUCUUCCUCAGGAACUGAAAAUCAAAUUUCUGUCAGAAGCCAGAAUACUCAAACAGUAUGAUCAUCCUAAUAUUGUAAAGCUCAUAGGAGUUUGCACACAAAGGCAACCUAUUUAUAUUGUUAUGGAACUUGUUCCAGGAGGCGAUUUCCUUUCCUUUUUAAGAAAAAAGAAGGAUGAGCUAAAAACCAAACAGUUAGUGAAAUUUUCAUUAGAUGCUGCUUCUGGUAUGGCAUACCUCGAAUCGAAAAAUUGUAUACACAGGGACCUGGCUGCAAGGAACUGCUUGGUGGGUGAGAGCAACAUACUGAAAAUCAGUGACUUUGGAAUGUCUCGUCAAGAGGAUGAUGGAGUAUAUUCAUCAUCAGGCUUAAAGCAAAUUCCUAUCAAGUGGACUGCCCCAGAAGCCCUCAACUAUGGGAGAUACACAUCAGAGAGCGAUGUAUGGAGCUUUGGAAUCCUUCUGUGGGAAACAUUCAGUUUAGGAGUAUGCCCAUAUCCUGGAAUGACCAACCAGCAAGCACGGGAACAAGUUGAGAAAGGUUACCGAAUGUCAGCACCGCAAAAAUGCCCGGAAGAAAUAUAUAAAAUAAUGCAGAGGUGCUGGGACUACCAUCCAGAGAACCGGCCAAAAUUCAGUGAGAUUCAGAAAGAGUUAUCUUCAAUCAAAAAGAAAGUGACAUAGUGACAUUCUGGUGCCAAACUCAACAUGUGGGACUUUAUUUUCCAUUGAAGUAUUUUUCUCCUCAAACACUAUGCGUUUAUACAACAUUAUUUGCAGUAUGCAUUUAGGAUUACUUUGAAAUUAACUGGUUUUUAUAUACAUGUGUACCAUCUUGAAUUAUGUCUACACCUGCAUUAAAGACAUAUACUGCCAAAUGCUAUAUAUCCAGUCACAGUAAUAUUGUCAUUUAGGUUACAUGUAAAUAGGAAAGCACAUACUGUAGAUUUAAGGAACUGUGGCUUUUAUGUGUUUUACAGCAAGUAACUGCUAGUGACAUUUUUCAGAGUUUUUCUACUUAACACAAUGUUCUCACUCUGUUUUCCGUGUCUCAAUUGUCAACACCAGCAGCUCUCUAACAUGGUGACUGUGUCAUGCAUGUUGGCCUUAAGACUGAAGACAGUUUUGACAAGUAUUUCAUCUAGAAACUUUUAUAUAUUUCAGAUUCUUUCUGCAGCUAAUUUUUUUCUAUUAUAGCUUGUUUCAAGGGUAAAGGUCACUUAGAUUCUGGAUGUAAAUCUGCUUACUGAGCAGCAAAACCCAGAAAUUUCUUUUGUAGAAAACUGAGCUACAUGUCCAUUUCUUACCAUGCUAUAGUAAGUUCUUCUGACUUUUGAUGUUAUUUACGUACGCCCUUUACACCUCUCUUUUCCUAUGAAGCUGUCAGAAUUCAAUAAUGUGUGUCCUUUAAUUAGUUAUGUUUAUUUAAGAAACAAACAAACAAAAAUCAAACAAUUGUUGAGUACAUUUAUUGUUAGGAAAUACUGCAAAUCAUCUGUCUUCCAAAGAAUACAUAAAAAUAAUAGGCCAACAGAAAGAGGUUUUCUAAUGACAACAGCAUUGUAAUAGGUGACCAAUAGCAUUCAUUGUAGAGAAGUUAAAGAAUGUGAAUUGCUAGAUUUGCUUUUGGUCCUGAUUUUUUUGCUUAAAUUGGUAAUAACCCUCAGCGUGCAGUUGGAGCUUUUAAAAGGUUAUACUAAGAAACAGCACAUUCCAUGCCUAGUGUCAAAUGGAAAACAGUAUGUCCGCAUGGCACGAGGAAUUGUCCAAGAAACCCAAAUCAGAACAUAUAUCUUAAGUCUGUGACAGGUGGAACAAGGCAGAGUUGACUUAUUAAAAUGAUUAUGAUCAGGUUUCAAAAGACGGGGACAGGCAAAUUGUAAAUGUCACCAAAAAUAACGGAAACUUGUUAAAAAAAAAUAAGUAAAAAUAACAUUCCAUAGUAUAAGAUACAGUAGAUGGGGAAUAGAGGAAAGGUACAGUGUGUUGCUCUGAGUUUGUGUUCUUUUUAUAGUGGGGAUUAUUUUCUAUGGCGCUACAUAGGAACAAAAGCAAGUUACGGUGCCCUGGUCUGAGCUCCAGAGUUAAGGUGCUUAAAAUUUCUUUAUGAAUUAAAUAAAAUUUCUCAGAUCAAGGAAUGUCUGUUACUGUAAAUACAAGUAAACGGUGACUGAAAGUAAACACAGCAUCUGGAGAUGUUCAUUAGCCCUGGGUAGUGAAGUCUGUGGCUACAUUGCGUUUUUGUUUCCUUUAAGUCAGCUUUUCUGUCAUCCACACAAUUUAUUCUCUUUAAAGUAUAUUUGUGGUAGUGCAGGGUGAUAAUGAACUAAGGGCUACGUGUGACAAAAAUAUGUGUAAUCUAAAAGAAUUUGUCUGUUACAAGGGCUGCUCUGAAAGUAAUGCCUCCUGUUUUACUGUGUUGGCCCACAACAUCAGAGGCAGUUAAUGGUGGAAUGGCAGCAGAGGGGCAGCCUAACAAAAUGGCAUCUGACCUGGAAGUGCAUAUGAAGCUAAGGUGUGUCACUGACUCUUCCGUAUGGAAAAGAGUGGCACCCACUGACAUUCAUCCAUGCUUGCUAAUUGUUUAAAGGGCCCAAACAGUGAGUUGGUGUGUGGUGCAUUUCAGCAGCAGUGCCAACAGUUCAUGUCCACUGGUGCAGGUUUUUACAAGUGCAGCAUUCAGGCUCUUGUUCUUUGCUGGCAAAGAUGUGUAGCUCAUGGUGGUGCCUGUGUUCAGAAUUAACGUUUUGUUGUUGUGAAUUUGCUCUAAUAGUGUUAUUGUACUCUUUGUAUCUGUUGAUACUUUCCAUGGAAGUCAGUAGGAGGCAUUAUUUUUGGAGCAUCCUACAUGCAUACCCAUUCAGGUGUAGUAUUUGGCAAACCUGAUGGCCUGAAUUGAAAUUUCCUUAUCAAUAUACUGGACAUAUUUUCUUAGUACUGUAUUUCCAAGUAGCCCAAAGAUAUUUUUUCAAGAGUGGUGGGAAGCAUCCUUGUUCAUUUGUGUGCUUUUAAGUAUUACACGCAGUUUGUGCCUUAAUUUGCUUGUAUGGUAAUGCAAAUGCAAGUGCACUGAGAUGAAGAAAUGCACCACAACAACAUGGAAAAAUCCCUGUCUCAAAUCCAUCAUUAAUUUAACUGCUGGUUCUUAGGUAUGCACCAAGAAAGUCUGCAAGUAAGGGUGAUGGUGUCUUCUCUAUCAGCAUUCAUUGCUUCUCUGGAGAGUUGAUAUUCUUCUUCUGUGAAAGAGAUGAAUUAUAUUUCUUUGCUACAUGCCCUUGACAGCAAAAAAAAAACAAAAAACAAAAAAAAAAUCUUUUUUUUUUCUUUUUAACAAAAUACUAUUUUAUUUGUCCAUCUUGAUUCUCAUAUAUAGAUAAGAAAUGCAUUCUUAUUUAUUCUGAAAUGGUUAACAUUUGUAAUUCAUAUCACAGUUCUGUUUAAAUGUAAUGUACUUCUUAAAACAUGGGGAUAAUUCAGCAGCAAGAAGAUAUAUUGUUGCUGCUGAAGUAAGCGUAAGUUCAGCUAAAAAAUAAUCAUUCUUCGGGAGAAUACCAGCUUGAGUUUAAAAUAAAAUAAAUUAUAACACAUAUAAAAGGUAUAAAAUAAAUUUAAGCACAUAGUCUCUUCAAUUAUUUAAUGCUUUUUUUUUUUUUUUUUUUUUUAACAAUUAAUUUUUCAGUGUUCGUGGCAGAAUUUGUUCAUUUUUUCUCAUUUGUAGUUAAUGCUAUUGUACUUUAGGAAGUGCAAUCCAUGCCUAUGGAUACUUAGUUUAUAAGUUUCUAUGAAUUUCUUGCUGGAGAGUUUACAAACAUAACUGCCCUAUGGUGAAAUGUAAAAGACAGACAUAGUAUUCAGGAGCCAAAGUCGCUGUAUCUGCUUUCUGUGAACUUCUGAUGACCGAAGUCUUGCAUUAUGCAUAGGUUGUGCAGGUGCUGGUCAUGCAGCUUGUAUACUUGGUUUGCUCUGGAGAGUUCACAGAAAAUGUCAGUCUCUCUUAGACAUGCGGUAUUUCAAGUAGGUUCUUACACCUGCACUCAGUCUCAGCCAGAUGAAGCCCAAAGAAGUUCUGUACUGUGUGCGCUGCUAAAUGGGAUGGACUCGAAAUACUUUUAAGGGUUGAGCCCAGAUGCUCAGCCCAGCUUCAGAAUUCAGCUGUCCGUGAAAUCAUGAGGAUUCCUCAUCAUUUCAGUUUUAUUGGAAACAAAGUAUUGAAAAGCAUCGUGUCUGUAAACAAAUUCACUUCAGCAGGGGUGUAAUCUUAUAGGAAUAGCUCUCCACCAAGUCCUUAUCCUUGAAAUGUACAUUUUCAUCAGUUUCUAAUAAAACCUGUGAGGCAGUUUUUCAUGGAGGGGACUAAAGUUAUUUUGCAUUUCUUCUUCAGUUUGUAAAGUCUCGCCUGUUUAUGUGAAGCAGAGAACUAGUUAAGGAAAUAGUAGCUUAUUGUUUAACCUGUGUCUUUAGCCACUUGUUAUAAUCACCCACACCUGAAGCUUACUAUGAUGUUAUCCGUUCAUUAUCUACUAUGACUAUUUUAACUACUUUGUUAAGCCUUUUGCACCCACUGUAAAGAUACUGUUGAUAAAAAAGCACAUGCAAUAAAUAAAUAAGUAAACAAAUAAAUCAGUACUUCUCCUGAGGUUACACAGAAUAACCAGAACUCAGAAGCAUUUUAAAAUGCUUUGCAUCUCUUCCCAGACAUCCUGCUGCAUGGAUAGUGCCAAUUGUCAUUAACUGCAAAGCCUCUGUCCUUAGUCUUACUGUCACAUCCUCUAAGUGGCAGUGCCACUGAUGCAUUUUCAACUGUGAAUUAUUGGAAGAGAUGAGUUAGUGUGUAAAUAGUGUUAUCACAGAUGAUAUUCGAGAGCAUUAGCUCUGGAGACGGCCGGUUGUAACAAGCAGCGAUAAAUCAUUCUAAGGAUGGAAGAAAAAAGAGGCAAGUUGGGAAAAUCCACUUCCUAUAACAGCUGUCUCAUUUGUAGGCAGUACUAAUGUUGUUAUGCCGGUGCUCUUGUAUUUGUAACAUUUUUAUGACCAAGCAUAAAAUAGUUUGCUAUUAAAGUAAGAGUUCAUCAAUUGCUAUUUUUUUCUUAAAGCAUAAAAGAACUUGUGAUAUUCUUGCAAGGCUAUUUCUUGGAUAUUGUGGGGGAAGAAUACGGAGAGAAGGGAAGAGGUGCCCCUUCUACCAAGCAAGAUAGUUUCUUCUCCUUCUGUCAGGAAUAAUGAGCUUUAACUAGUAACAAGAAAGCACAGAGGAAGUCCUGUAUUCCUCGAGCUCUGAGCAACCAUCGCUUAAGAGUGGUCUUGUAAAUCAGCUCUAUUAAACAGUUUUACUUCUAAUGUCUGCCUGCAGAAAUGACUAUAAGAAUGGAGUCCUUGAGCACUCACAAGCAAUAGGUGUUGCCGUCAAUGCAUUUUUUUUCUUAUAAGCUAUCCACUUUCUAUAAGAAUAACAUCAGUAAAGAGUAUUAUUUGUAGUCUUCUGCUAGAAUUCCCCCAGCACAGCAUUCCUUCCUAAAAUGCAAAAGAAAGAAGACAACAGAAACAACAGCAGGAAAAUAAACCAUGUAAAAGUCUUGAAAGCCCAAAAAUCAAAUUCUGAGUGCUCUUUGUAGUAUUGUCACUGAUCCGUCACUGAAGCAAAUAAUGCAGCUGUGAUUUCAGCUCUGUCCAUUUCUCAGCAUUGUGUAUUUGUGUAUUAUUAACUCUCAGCUUCACUUGCAGACUUGGCUUGGUGAGAGUGUCCCUAAAUUGCUGCUAUUUGGAGUCCACUAUUUGGAAUUGCCAUCUAGUUUUAGGACUACAAAACCUUAUAGACCACAUACAUAGCUGAUGCUUCUGAGUUCUGAGAGAGGCACAUCUGCCUCCUUUUAAACCAUUUGAAAAGGCAUUUCUGCUUUUUAGAAGAAAAAGUCAGGUUUUCCUUCUAGGUUUCAUGUGUUAAAAGCAUGUGCAAGAACCUUCCACCACUAAAAAAGCACAGAUCCAAUUCACCAUCUAUAUAUAUAGACAGCUCAGUCUUUCCCGGCAUAUGAAGAAAUAUCUAAUUAUCAAAUGCAGUAGUAAUAUGGAACACAUAUUUCGUUAUGUAAACUAGUUCACUUAGAUCCUGUGCUUAAAUUAUUCAAGAUCCUUCCACUGCUCACAGAGAGGUGCAUGGGGGGGUAAUUCCAGCUGAGCUCCAUUGUAGUGCUCUGUGCCCUGCAUCUCUGAACUGUUCCUUAGUUCUGACGCUGCCAUGUACCACACGUGCCUGACACUUAAUUCGAGCAAGUUAAUUUAUGUGACAGAAAAACCUAGUUUGGCUCAAAAAUAUUAUAGUGCCAUUACAGCAUCUUGUGGCAACGUGUUUGUAUGAAGGCUGAACUAUUUGUGAAUGAAAGUGAAGCACAUUGUCCAGACUGUGCUUCCGAUCAGACUGCGAACCCUGGGUGUAUUGUGAAUUGUAUGUACCACAGGGCACUGAAAAAAGCAGCAUUCCUGACUGCCUGGCUUAUGAUACAGAGCAUCCUGCUCACAUUGGGAAAAUUAUGAAGCUAAUUGCACUCCUGGAAAAGGGGAUGAUUUGCUGUCAGACCUUAUUCAAAAUGCUACCUUCGAAAUUAAGUCGCAAUGACUUAAUUCUGACUAAGCCUCCCUGUAAAUAUGCCUUCUAAUUGCCAGAAAUUUCCUAUGAGUGUUGAUUCGCAUUAUUGUUAUCCAUUUUGCUUUUAGAGAUUUGACUUCCAUAUGUGAUACAGCGUUUACUUAUGCUGGUAGUUACACCCACUACCUCCAAAUGCUGAGACCUGCAGCUUCAGGAGCUGAGCAUUGCUCAGUCUGCAAACUCUGCAGAGAGUCAGUGUUCCAGGAGAUACCCAAAUUGGUACCUCUUAAGGCAUUUUAAAUAUCAGCAUCAGGAAUUGUUCAGUUCAAACCUGUUUCUGUUUUAGCAGCAGUCCUCCUUAUAGGAAAUGCCACUUUAAUAGUAGCAUUUGCGUUUUAUUUGAAUUUGACAGGGGGUAGAACGAUACCUUUGCACCUCUCUAGUUCACCAUGAAAGACAGGUUCGUUGUGGUUUUGUUGAGGAUUUUUGUUUGUGUUUUUUUUUUGUUUGGUUUGGUUAUUUGCUAAAAAAAAAAAAACAAAAAAACAAAAAAACACCCCACCAUGUAAUAGGAAGAAACAGGCUCAUUGCAAAGGGCACAAAAGUCAGGCAGACUCCUAAAAGGAAAUGCAGAGGACUGAAACUCUGAACACCUGUCCCUUCUGUAGAAGGACCAUAUAGUUACAUGAGUAUUCAAAGGACUCCCAGAGCAGCCUAGAGCUGACUAUUGUGGGAUGGCUGCUUUUCAGUUGCAUGUGUUUCUUCUCCUCUGUGCCACUGCAGCAGUCAGGAAUGGCAGAGGGGCACUGAGGGCCAGGUCAUGGAACAACAUGCAGAGGACUCCCAACGCCACUCCCAACUCCAGAGGACUCCCAACUCCCACUUUCAGUGGGGUACAGCUUGCAGACAAACUUGAUUUCUUUUGAAGUUUCAGCCUGAGUUAAGCACCAGCAAGAUUAAUAUCAGGUAAAGCACCUUUUGUGCGCCUCGUUGUUUAAAAGCAAUACACUUGUGAAACAUUGGUAAUACAUAACACUGGAAAUGAGUCCGUGGGUAGUAACACAAGUAAAAACAAAAACAAUGUCACAAGUUCAUCUGACAUCUAAGAAGGACUGAAAGUGAUGACUAUGUAAUACAGCUACCAGUUGUCUGUCCUUUAUAAUUUUAAAUAGAUCUGCAAUCUGACUCCAUUUAUUUGUCUUUUUUUUUACAUACUUUAAGGUUACACUUUUGAACUUGAGGUAAUUUUUUAUUUUCCUAGCCUGGAUUUCAAUAUUUUUGUAAACUGCAGGCCAUUUCUGAAUAAUGUUCUGUCUUUUCUCGUGGACCAGUUACCACUAAUGAGUCCGACGUCCCGUUUUUACUGUACUCCUCCAAUAAAUGUAAAAUAUCUGUA